AUGUUGCCAUUCCUGCCCUUUAUCCCCACGGCGGCGGCGGCUCUCACCCCGCCUCUCCUGCUCCUCACCCCCAACGCUCCCUCGGCCUCCCUCCCGGCGUGCCUCCAGUCGGCCUACCACGGCACCUAUGCCGGCGAGAGCGUCUAUCUGCCUUCCAACGAGUGCGCGUCGUCUGCGUCGUCGUUUCUCGACGCGGGCUCCAUCGUGCCCCUCUCCUCCCACAGCGACGAGGCACACCUCGUCUGGGUCGGUGCGGCCGGUAUCGAAGGUGUGGGUUUGCGCGCCGACGUCGCCGCCGUGUGGGACGUGAUCACCACGGCGGCCACGGUCUCGUUCGCCGACGCGGCCAUCCUCGCCGGCCAGCAGUCUGAACAGGUGGCCUUUUCGUCGCCGGCCCACUCUCCCGCCGUGGCCCCCACGCUCGUGCACGCGUCCCAGUCGGGUCUCUUCCUCUCGGUCCCAGCCUCGACUCUGGGCGUGCUCGACACCCUCCUCCCGCGCGGAUACGUCCCCGUGGGCAUCCCGGCCGAGCCCUUGCCCUUCAACUAUGACAUUCCUGUAAAGUACGCCGAGCACCUCGCCAACGUCACCAAGGGUCUCCGCUUCGACCCCACUGUCAACGAGAUUGUCGAGAGCAUCAGCGCCAGCCAGAUCCGUGCCGACGUCCGCUGGCUCACGGGCGAGGACUCUGAGAUUAUCACCCGCCACAGUUUCACCGAGGGAGCGCGCAUUGCUGCCCAGUGGAUCAAGGAGAAGAUGGAGACCACUGGCGCGUCGUGCGAGCUGUUCCCGUUCCUCGAGGGCUUCGCCCCGGACGUCAUCUGCGAGUACCCGUCUGUCUCGGACAGCGAGGAGCGCGUGAUCCUGUCGGGCCACUACGACAGCCGCGGCUCGUUUGGCAACACGCGCGCGCCCGGCGGCGACGACGACGGGUCUGGCUCGGCGCACGUCCUGGCCGUGGGCCACGCGAUCAAGGAGCACGGCGUCAAGUUUGACAAAAAGGUCACGCUCUGCUUCUUUGCCGGCGAGGAGCAAGGUCUCUGGGGCUCGCACUACUACGCCAAGCACCUCGCCGAGACCAACGCCACGGUCAUCCUCCAGAUCCAGGCCGACAUGCUCGCCUACCGCGUCCCCGGCGAGCCCCUCCAGCUCGGCCUGCCCGCGACCAUUGAGCUCGCCGAGGCGUCCUACCUCGUCGCCAACCUGUCGGCGCUGUACGCGCCCGAGCUCGUGGUCGGCCGCACGGCCGCCUGCUGCUCGGACCACCAGAGCUUCCUCUCGUACAACUUCCCCGCCACACAGGUGUUUGAGCGUAACGGCUGGAUCGCCGACCCCAUGUACCACAACUCGGGCGACCUGAGCGACCGCGAGGGCUACGACUUUGAGCAGAUCCAGAGCAUCGCAAAGGUCACCCUGGCUGCCGUGCUCGAGGUCGGUGGCUGGAGCCAUUUAUAG